CGCGUUUCAGAGCUCGCAGACCCGACGGCGAGCUGGACGCGGCCGGAGCGGGAGAAUGAACGCUCCUCCGGCCUUCGAGUCGUUCCUGCUCUUCGAGGGCGAGAAGAAGAUCACCAUCAAUAAGGACACCAAAGUGCCCAACGCCUGUCUCUUCACCAUCAACAAGGAGGAUCACACCCUUGGGAACAUCAUUAAGUCACAGCUGCUCAAGGACCCGCAGGUGCUGUUUGCGGGCUACAAGGUCCCUCACCCCCUGGAGCACAAGAUCAUCAUCCGUGUGCAGACCACCCCUGACUACAGUCCCCAGGAAGCCUUCACCAACGCCAUUACUGACCUCAUCAGUGAGCUCUCCCUGCUAGAGGAGCGUUUCCGGGUGGCCAUCAAAGACAAGCAGGAAGGGAUAGAGUAGCGGCACGGUGGCUCUGCUCAUCUGUACCCGGUGCCUACCUAGAAGACCCUCUGACAUGGACAGGGCCAGUCCACUGGCCCCCACCCACCCCUGGUGUCCUGUACAUGGACUAUUGUCUCUCUGAGAGUGGGCAGCGAAGAGCUGGUGUAGGGGAGGCAGGUGACCUGUGACCCUUGGGGGCCACACUUUAGACUGCGGUGACUCCAGACCUUGACUUCGGGCUUGACUUGAUCACAAGAGGCCCGUGAUGGGACCCUUGUAUCAGCUCUCCAUAGGCUUCCUGAACACAGCAGAAAAUUUAAUGAAGUUUAAUAAAAAUAUUCACUGA